UCCUAGCGGUCCGGUGUUAUUUUGAGUUUACGCGAGCUGCGGUUCGUCUGUGGAUUACGGUUACGGGCGUUUUACUGCUGAACUUACGGUAGUUAAGAAAUGCGUUUCGUGUUGUCGGGGGCUGACUGCUCUUACCCAGGUGUGAUCUGUCAGUGUUUAUUGGGAGCCAUCUUCCGUGGUUUGAUCCCUUGGAAUGCGGUCAUGGAGAAAACUAUUUAUAGCAUGUGGAUCUCAGAUAUGUGCGAUUUAUUCUGUGCGGCAGGUAGAUGUUAUCAUCAGCACCGAGAAAGCUGUUCUUUUAAAUGUAUUUAGAUAACGGGGAAUUUCCUAUUUUUGCGCAUUCUUCUGUUUGUUUUGAGGAACUGAGCAACGCUGGUAGAGAGAUUAAGUUGUCAGGAUUUCUUACAAUAAAUGUGCACUUUACAGUCUGCUUAGGCUGAUCAUCAGGAUAUAUAUACCAGGACGGGGGGUAUAAUGGAGGAGGUUAAUGCCGGUGAGCCCCUGUUAGAUCUAAAAGAUCUCGAAAUUAAAGUCGGAAGAAAGGCGCCCGAAGCGCUGAUUAAAUGGAUGCGGGAAGACGCUCUACACCUCGGGGAGCGCAAGUUAAGUACCGCGGAAAGAAACGACCGAGACCCCAAGACCGAUGCACUCGCUGACAAAAUAAAGAAUUUAAAGCAAGACAUGCUGUCCCUGCGUUCCCUGGACGUCCGCAUCCUCCGCCAGCUGGUGGCGCUGCACGAGGGCAUGGAGUCGCUGCGGUGGCUGUUGGAGGAGCGUGGCCCCCUGCCCAGCCGCUGCAGCAGCCUGACAAGCAGCCAGUACAGUCUGGCCGAGGGGCCCGACACCUCACUGCGGGGCAGCUGGAGCAGCCUGCAGGACCCCAGCGACCGGCUCGACAACAUCUCCGUCGGCAGCUACCUGGACACGCUGGCCGACGACACCGACGAGUAUUGUUCCGCCGAGACGGGCCUAUCCUCCACCCCUCUGGUAUCGGAGGCAGGCGGGCGAGCAGGGGCUGGCCCGGGCUCCCCCCUCGUCAAACCCGAGGUUCCCAGAGAAGAGGCACGGACAGUGGCUAAGCUAGCCCACGAUGGCGUGGAUCCCCGGAGAAUGGCCUCCACCCUGAAUGAUGGUUGCCAGACGCGUGCGGGGGAGGCAAACUGUGUCCCGGAUAAGGCAGGCUGGCGUGGGGGUGGCCAGGGCCCUGCUCGGCCGUGCCCCGGCGAAAAACUCGCCAAAAAUCCCGAUGCCAAGGUGAAGGCCUACCAGAACGGUAAGGUGGAUCCGGAGGGCUGCAGACUCAACGGAAGAGUGAACCUGGAACACGAGGCUCACUGGAAGUGGGUGCAGUCGCAGGAUGAUGUGACGUUCCUCUGAAGGGUCGCCCUACAUGCUCCGCAGGAGCCCCGCGCCUCACCCCUGAGCCUCACCCCUCCACCCCCCUGACACCCUGAUCAAAUUCAGUGUCGUACACGAGGUCCGGACAGAAAUCUGGUUCUGACGACAUAGCACUUCCACCAAGUCCACGUGCAAGUGCAUCAGGAGGUAAUGUACUGCCCUUUAGGACUCGGUACCAGAAAGCCUGUCAUUUUGACUGAGGGAGGGGGGGCACUGGCAGCAAGUGUUCCCGCCGGAUGGCAGAAGUGGAGAAAUGAGAAAGUUUUGGAUUUUGGAUUUAACACAAAUGUAUCUGACUGAAAUGUUUGGUCUGAACAACCAUGAGACUCAACCUCACUAACAAAGUACCUUAAUAUUCAAAAAUCUAGCUGUUUACAUUAAAAUAUAGUAACAAGAGGAUCGAUUCGGAUAUCGAUUAGUUUGGACUGGCCUGGGUUAGACACAUUGACCAAACGUUGUGAGGAUCAGGGUGAACAAAUAAACUGAUCGAUUCACAUUUGGUUGGAGCCUCCUCAUGAAAAUGACCUUUAAGUGUCAUUGCUGGAGACACUAUUCAGCUGACUCAUGGACUUUGUAUGGAACAGAUGUUUUAAACCGUCUCCAUCUAUUCUAGGACAAUAUGAUGUCGGCAAGAUCUGUCAACUGUGUAGGGUUAAGCGUACAGAUUCCAUUACACCCAGAGAUGCAUCUUGAUUUGCUGUACAGAAAUUGUUCAUAAUGAGAAAUAUGAACCCGAUGAUGUUUUUAACAUAACUGCAUGCAAUUCAACACUGCUGUACAUUAUAAGGAAUGGUAAAUAUUCUUGUAUGUAGACUAAAUCCUUAACUGUAAUAGGUCUGACACCCCAUUCACAUCUAAUCAAAACCUUCCAUGUGACUGCAGGUUAAUGCCAGGGUGUAAAAGGGAAGGACAACAGCCCCCUUUGACUGACCAAUCAGAACUUUAUAAAGGUACAUUAGUAAACCCCCCCCAAAUCAACCCUGCGGCUCAUCAGAAGCUGUUUCCGGUAUCCCAAUUAGAAUUAGGUGAUCAGUGGUCAUUGUUAACACAGCACAGCACACAGUGCGCAACAACAAA